AUGGCAUCCUCGAACCUGAAGCCCACGCUCAGCGAGCUUGGGGCAAGAGUCAAAGAGUUAUCGGAGACACUGGAGCGACUUCUCAGGGAGAGCGAGGUCGAGGCGCCGACGUUGGCGGCGGAUAGUCCGCUCAACAUUGCGAAGUUUACGCCUGAGAUUUUUACCACGAAGCAAGCUUUGCAGGAUGCCUUGAAUGAUCUUUCCAUCGUUUCGCAGGGGCCGAGCGAGAGUGUGUUCAAUUAUGCGCAUAAUGCCGUCCCCGACAUGGCAUGUCUCAACAUCCUUAACCGCUUCAACUUCUGGUCCGCCAUCCCCUUAGAUGGCUCAGCCUCGAUGGCGUCCAUAGCAGAGCACGUCAAACUUCCUGAAGAAGCUGUCCAACGCGUGAUAGAGCACGCCGCCACAAUCCGCUUCUUCACCUAUGCCGAUCCCGCUCACCCCUCCACCUCGCCGAUACAACACACAUCUCGCUCCGCCGCCCUUGCACGCCUCCCUGGGCUUCGCGCGCUUGUCAGCGGUUGCAUUGAGAAUGUUGGACCAUCUAUGCUAGUCAUGCCGGAAGCGCUGGAGAAGUUUGCGUUGGGUAAGAAGGAGCUGCCCACGGACAUGAGUAAGACGGCAUUCAAGUUGGCUCAUAGCGGGGGUCAGGUGUUUGGUGAUUACACAGACAGCUGGCAGCUUCUAGAGAACGAUGGUGAGGGGGAGAAGAAGGGAUGGCGGCAGAGGACAUUCAUCGAAUGGAUGGCGUACAUUAAGGAUAUCUUUGGCACAGUGGAUCUGUUGCUGGGUGCUACGGACUGGGAGAAGGAAGGAAAGGCACACGUGGUGGAUAUCGGCGGUUCCGGCGGCCACGACGCCUUCGCCCUCGCAUCCGCCCACCCCAAUCUCACCAUCACAGUGGAAGACCUCCACGAAUGCGGCCCAAUUUUCUCCACCCAGGUCCCCUCCACCCUCUCUACCCGCGUCACCUUCCGCGAACACAAUUUCUUUGACCCUCAGACCGUCUCCGCAGACAUCUACCUCCUUAAGCUAAUCCUGCACGAUUGGCCGGACGCCGAGUCCAUCAAGAUCCUGCAGCAGCUGCGCCCCGCUUUGAAAUCCGGCGCUAAGAUCCUGUUCAUCGACUACAUGGGCAAGCAGGGUGAGAUUGAUCCAAAUUUGCCGAGGUCGAUUACGCAGUUUGGAACGAGCACUGAUUUGAGGAUGAUGGCUCUGUUUAACGCGAGAGAGCGGAGUUUGGAGGCAUGGAAGGGGAUUGUGGGCAAGGCGGAUCAGAGGUUUGAGAUCGUGAGGGUGGAGGCGAAUCCAUUGACGUAUAUGGUGGUCAUGGAGGUGGUUUGGCGUGGGCAGUAA